CUGGUUCAGUGAUCUUGGUUAUGAUUUCAACCAGCUGGUUAAAUUUUCAAAGUUAAAAAGUUUGUACAAACGAGGACAACUUCAUCUAUAGAUACGCAAUUUUUUGUUUUGGCGCGAAUAAACAGAAGAAGAGCCAUGCAAUCAAGUCAACCCCCAGAUUCCCAAUUACAGAGAAUUAUUAUAGAGAACAAGCAUGGUGAGAAGCUUGUGGGUAUAUUUCAUAAUACUGGUUCUGAGAAGCUUGUUAUUGUCUGCCAUGGAUUUCAAUCUUCUAAGGAUCGGAUACCAAUGGUGAACCUUGCUGCUGCUCUAGAGAAAGAAGGAAUUAGCGCCUUUCGAUUCGAUUUUGCUGGAAAUGGGGAAAGUGAAGGUUUGUUUCAGUAUGGAAACUACCACCGAGAAUGUGAUGAUUUACGCUCUGUCGUCGAACACUUUCGUCUCCAAAGUCACGUGAUACGUGCAAUUAUUGGACACAGUAAAGGAGGAAAUGCAGUGCUUCUGUAUGCUUCAAAGUACAAUGAUGUGCAUACAAUAGUUAAUAUUGCAGCUAGAUUUGAUCUGAAGAGGGGCAUGGAGAGACGCUUGGGUAAAGACUUCUUACAAACGAUCAAACAAAAUGGAUAUAUUGAUGUAAAGAAUAGAAAAGGAAUCUUGGAGUAUCGUGUGACUCGAGAAAGUUUGAUGGAUCGUUUAACUACCGAUCCUCAUGCAGCCUGCUUAUUGAUUCAUCCAGAGUGCAGGGUGUUGACCGUUCAUGGAACCAUGGAUAAAAUGGUAUCUGUUGAAGAUGCUUAUCAAUUUGCUAAGUUCAUACCUAACCAUAAAUUACACAUCAUAGAAGGAGCUGAUCAUGAAUUCACUUCACAUCAAGAUGAGUUGGUGUCAAUUGUGCUAGAUUUCUUGAGGGAAGAUCGUGAUCUAGGUAACAGCAUGCACAAAUUACACUCGACAGAUUAUUCUUGUCGUUCGAGAUUAUGAUAAGAAAAAAGAAAAACAACAAUUGAAGAUUAGAUUUUGAAGUGUUAUGGAAGUUAGAUUCAUAGGUUAGACAUGAAUUUAUGAUUCAGUUUGUAACAAAUUUUUAUGUUUAAGGAAAUUAUUCUUGAUUUCCAGUUA